UUAAUGACAGCUACGAACUAAGCUAAAAUUAAUCGUGAAGUGAAAUCCAUUUUAAGAAAAAAAUGGUUUAAUAAGAAUAAUUUAUACAAAAGUGAUAUUUAUAUAUUUUCGUUGACGCGUUGAGGAUAUUGUGAAAUAUAUCAAAUAGUGUCAACAUUUGAACAAAUGACUAUAUAUGUGUAAAAGACUGUAGUGAUCACCAGAUCCAAAAAAGGGUGUCUUCAAGAAAUGUGUUAAACCCAUGAAUCUUUAGAAAAGAGUUAAAUUGAAGAUAUGAGUGGCCGACCAAGAACUACUUCUUUUGCAGAGGGCAACAAGCAAGCUAAGAAUCCACCUUUGGGGGGUAUGAAAAUCAGCAAUAAAAUUUAAAAUGGCGUCGAAAAGUAAAAGAGGAAAAAGUAAAGAAAUGGAAGAUGAUAUUAGUAAACUUGUAUCUACACUCAAAGUUAGGCCAGGUAAGGAUGGAAGCAAAGUGACUACAGUAGUUGCGACGCCCGGCCAAGGACCAGACAGACCUCAGGAGGUAUCAUACACUGACACCAAAGUUAUCGGCAAUGGCAGCUUCGGUGUGGUCUAUCAGGCGAAAUUGUGCGAAACUUCAGAAUUGGUAGCGAUUAAGAAAGUACUGCAGGACAAACGGUUUAAGAAUCGGGAGUUACAAAUCAUGCGAAAAUUAGAACAUUGUAAUAUAGUGAAACUUAAAUAUUUCUUUUACUCUAGUGGAGAUAAGAAAGACGAGGUGUACCUGAAUUUGGUUUUGGAAUACAUCCCUGAGACGGUAUAUAAAGUUGCACGACACUACAGCAAAUCGAAGCAAACUAUACCAAUUAGCUUCAUCAAGUUAUACAUGUACCAGUUGUUUCGGUCACUAGCAUACAUUCACUCUUUAGGGAUAUGCCAUAGGGACAUAAAACCGCAAAACUUGUUGUUAGAUCCAGAGACUGGAGUUUUAAAAUUAUGUGAUUUUGGAAGUGCAAAACAUCUCGUCAAAGGCGAACCGAACGUUUCAUACAUUUGCAGUCGAUAUUACAGAGCACCAGAGUUAAUAUUCGGAGCGAUCGACUACACGACAAAAAUCGACGUAUGGAGCGCUGGGUGCGUUUUGGCCGAGCUCCUUCUUGGUCAGCCGAUAUUCCCGGGAGAUUCGGGCGUAGACCAAUUGGUAGAAAUUAUUAAGGUGUUGGGCACACCUACCAAAGAGCAGAUUAAAGAGAUGAAUCCCAACUACACGGAAUUCAAGUUUCCUCAAAUCAAGUCACAUCCUUGGCAACAGUUUAUGUUGACGAGAUUGUCGAUGCCGUUUGACAGCACAAAUCAACAAAAAAUACGUGUAUUUAGAGCACGAACUCCACCAGAAGCUAUUGAGCUGGUAUCAAAGCUGCUAGAAUACACACCCUCAUCACGAAUUACUCCACUUCAGGCUUGUGCACAUAAUUUCUUCAACGAAUUGAGAGAACCAAAUACUCGCCUGCCUAACGGAAAUGAGCUACCCCCUUUGUUUAAUUUUACUGAACACGAAUUAAAUAUCCAACCAUCACUGAACAGUACGCUUUUGCCUCGAGGAGCUCAGACCGGCCAGAGUGGACAAGAGUCGGAAAACAAUGCGCCAGAUCACGCGUCUUCAUCUACUGCCAACCAGCAAAUGGCCGACACUGCGUCGACUCCCAUCCAAGCAGCGGCGGCGUCCAGUAUAGCUUAGAUGGGUGACACCGUCAUCAAGUGCUGUUUUGAUGUUUGUUGUAAUGCAUAGAUAAACUAAAUCAGCAAUACACUAAGCCAGGCGUCUAGUAGUGUUAAAAAUAUUAUUAAAAAAAACGUUAGAUAAUCUUCAGAAAGCUAACAUUCGUGUCGAUCUUUUUAUUAUUGGUGUCUUAUUAGGGGGAUAAACAUUUUAUCGUAAGGCUACUUGAGGUGAACAUAAAUAAAUGAUGUAAGUGCGUUACGUUGAUAAAUAAAUGUACUAAAUUUAACUAUAAGGAUAAUUUAUGUCGGCUUUAGUGUAGUUUUUGAAGUAACUCAAUUUUGAAACAAGUUGUUUUCUUCGGCGGAAACACGGCGAGAUCAAAAAUUGAAUGGGUGAAAGGAAAAAAUCAUUACAUUCCAGAGAGGAUUAGUUCAUACUUAAUUUGAUACAUAAACACUAUAUUUAGGCCUAUUCUGUAACUACAGAUCGAAUAGAAAUGAGUCAAAUCGAAUAGAGAUCAGCAAGUCGGAUCGGAAUUUGCAGGAAUUGGUAUUGUGUAACUCAUCUCGAUCUCUACUAUCGCAACGUUGGGUAGAAAUUGAUUUCGACUACACAAGCCCUGUCGAGAUCACAUUUCGACAUCGUAAUUGGUCUUGACUCUCGUGUAUUGGCAUUAUUAUUGUUGUUUUGACGUUUAUUUGUUAAAUGAAUUAGCGAUUUUAGUCUGUGUUGUUAUUUAUUUAGAUAAUUAUAUAUUUAAUUUUAUAGACCAAUAAUUAUACAACAUCAAGGUUAAUAGAAAUCAUUAAACAUUUUAAGAAUCGCUACUCUAAUUAAUUUACUGGCAGAAUGUGUAGAUUUGGACGCAUUUAGUGGAAAACCAAAAUUUUUCUUAGGGAAAAACCGUGCAAUAAUAUUUUAUGUUCAGAGAUAAAGUCUACUAUGUAACUUAAAGGCUCAGCAGAUGUUUUUUUUUAAGUUAUACUUCUUUAGGCGCGAUCGAGGGUAAAAUUUCAUAAUACUGCGCGCAUGCGCACACCGACAGUAUGGCGUUUAGUUGCUAAAUCUUUCUAGUUAUGUAUAAAUAUAUCAGUGCAAGAAAAGGUGUGAAAAUAAUAUAUUAUUAGUGUUUUUAGUAAAUAUAUUUAUUAUAAUUUUUGUGUCUUUGUAUUUGUCUUCCUCAGGAGUAAGAUGAGUAUUAUUAAAACAUUUUAUUUUAUAUUUAUUAUACAUCACCUUGUCUGUUUGUUACCGUGAAUUGUCAUUAGGUACGUUCCAACCGAUACAGACACAGUCUCCGUAGCGUAUUUGGUAUAGCAUUCGGCCAGAGAUCGAGAGGUCUUGAGUUCGAAUCCAGUGCAAUCCUAUACUUUUUUUUUUUUUUUGAAAGCGGUAAGCACAAAAUAGUUUGGUGUUUAAAAAAAAUUAAAACAAACUGUUUAAAGUAUAUUUAUUUUUAAGAAAUCAUAUAAUAGAAGUAUAACUUCUUACGUGCGUACAAAGUACACACAUAUUUUUUUUUCUUUGGUGUUCGUAUUCCCUAUCGGUGUUCCAGUUGUCAUUUUUUAUUCUGGUUGUGUUGAAUUUGUCAAACUGAACCAAAACUAUCCAAAACAAACCAAAAUGUCUUCAUUUUUGAUAAAUUCUUCGCGCAGAACACUUAUUUCACUUUACAGUGCGGUGUUGCCACCUCCUCCUGUGCGCGUCAAAUAAAAGUUGGCAUUUUCGAUUUACACUGAUUACGAUGUGAGUUACGGAAUGCCAAUCCAAACACGAAAACGAGGCGAUAGAUAUCCAACACUCCGAUUUCGGGUAAUUACCAUUCGACUUGGUCAUUUCUAUUCGAUUUGUUAAAACUUACAGAAUAGUGCUGAUUACGUAUCCAUACCAAAAAUUCCUAUUUGUAAAUAAAUCUUGACGAGGAACGUUAAAUAAAACAGCUGUACGAAAGGUGAAAUAAAUAUGAUAUUCUGUAAUUAAAAAUCAUUUUUACCGCAACAAUUUUUUCGUUACAAGCUCCACAAAUUUUUAAUGCAAAAUGGCUGGUGCGGACCUGUAAAAUUUUCCUCACGACAUUUUAUAGCCGAUCCACUGGAGUGCUUAUGAAAUCACACAUGUGCACCAUGUACCAAUGUUUUGUUGAGUUGAAAAUCUGUAAUAUAAAGAUUUAGAUACCAAAUGUACGAUUACAUUCACCUAAAAUAAAUAAAAUACAAAAAUAAAUCACAAAGAGCACAUGAUAUAAACUUUUUUUGAAUUAAAGGUCGCAGCAGAUUAUCAUGCUCGAAUCGUUUCCAGCACGUGUAUCGUAGUCUCCGAAAAACCUGAUUUUACAAAGAGGUGUUUUUGAUACGAUAGGUUCCGGAUAGUGUGAAUUGUUCAUAUUUAAAACCAUUAAAAUCAAUAUUUUUCGGAAACUAAACGCUACGUGCUGGACACGAUUCGUGUAUUAUAAACUGCCGCGACCUUUACAGUCAAAUAUUUAUACCUUACAUAUCCUAUGUAAGGGAAUAGUGAAGAUGAAAUCAGCUUGAAUAAGGGUGGAGCAGUGACACGAGCGUUAAGCUCUUUUCUCUAGCAAAAGUCAAUCAAAAAAGAAACAAAAAUAACACAUUAUAUACGAUUUGGAGGUUUGGGAUGUUACCAAAGCUAAUAAAAACAAGUUUAUGACGACAGAGAUGGACUAUUUCACAAAUUUGUGAUAUAAAUUAAAACUAGAAAGGGUCAGAAACAGCAAAUACAUGAAAUGGAGCUAAAUCGUAAUAUAUGCGAUAAGAUUGAGAAGAACAGUUGACAUGGUCCGGACACGUAGAGAAGUCCCCCAGAAGACAGGUGGCCCUGAAAAAUAUUAGAAACGGUUCGUUUCUCUUGAGAAAGGCAGAAGAGAACUACCUUGAAGAACUUGGCGUGACGAUAUCGAUAAAGCAAUGACAGCCAAGAACCUAGAAGAGGCAACAAUCUAUGACAGAAAAGCAUGUAAACCACAACGAAAAAAUAGAAAAAUUUAAAUUAAUGCCCCACGUUGUGCUCCUUAUAUAAUAUUUAUAAUUUCCUGAUAUUUUGCGAAAAAGAAGAGAUAUAGAUCAUGUUGAAAGAACAGUAGAAUUACGCUGUAAACAGGAGACCAAAAGAUGUUCAGGCGAGUUUGACUAUUGGCUGAGAAAAAAUGUAUCGAAGAAGUACCUGAUUUAAGGAUAUAGUGAUAGUUUUUCAUUAUUUACUCUAGGCAGUUCUCACUAUAAAAGUGCCAUCAACAUAUAAUAGUGCUUUAUUUUCUUUUUACCUUCAAUUGGUAUUCUGAAAAAUUGAAACACGACGUGGUUUAACUAAAGUUUAACUCAAAUACUCAGUUAUUUACAAAUAGCACAAUUACUAAGAAAUAUCACUUAUACAUAGAAUUGCCAAUACUAAUCUCAAAGCCCACCCCUGCUGACUCAUAUAAUGAGAAUGAACUGCUCUCGUAAAGAGCUAACGACGGUCGAAUCUUGGAGAGAACUACCUUGAAGAACUUGGCGUGACAAUAUCGAUAAAGCAAUGACAGCCAAGAACCUAGAAGAGGCAACAAUCUAUAACAGAAAAGCAUGUAAACCACAACGGAAAAAUAGAAAAUUUUAAAUUAAUGCCCCACGUUGUGCUCCUUAUAUAAUAUCUAUAAUUUCCUGAUAUCUUGCGAAAAAGAAGAGAUAUAGAUCAUGUUGAAAGAACAGUAGAAUUACGCUGUAAACAGGCGACCAAAAGAUGUUCAGGCGAGUUUGACUAUUGGCUGAGAAAAAUGUAUCGAAUAAGUACCUGAUUUAGGGAUAUAGUGAUAGUUUUCCAUUAUUUACUCUAGGUAGUUCUCACUAUAAAAGUGCCAUCAACAGAUAAUAAGUGCUUUGUUUUCUUUUUACCUUCAAUUGGUAUUCUGAAAAAUUGAAACACGACGUGGUUUAACUAAAGUUAAACUCAAACACUCAGUUAAUUACAAAUAACACAAUUACUAAGAAAUAUCACUUAUACAUAGAAUUGCCAAUACUAAUCUCAAAGCCCACCCCUGCUGGCUCAUAUAAUGAGAAUGAACUGCUCUCGAAAAAAGCUAACGACGGUCGAAUCUUGGAGAGAACUACCUUGAAGAACUUGGCGUGACGAUAUCGAUAAAGCAAUGGCAGCCAAGAACCUAGAAGAGGCAACAAUGUAUGACAGGAAAGCAUGUAAACCACAACGGAAAAAUAGAAAAUUUUAAAUUAAUGCCCCACGUUGUGCUCCUUAUAUAAUAUCUAUAAUUUCCUGAUAUCUUGCGAAAAAGAAGAGAUAUAGAUCAUGUUGAAAGAACAGUAGACUUACGCUGUAAACAGGCGACCAAAAGAUGUUCAGGAGAGUUUGACUAUUGGCUGAGAAAAAAAUGUAUCGAAGAAGUACCUGAUUUAGGGAUAUAGUGAUAGUUUUCCAUUAUUUACUCUAGGUAGUUGUCACUAUAACAGUGCCAUCAAAAUAUAUAAGUGCUUAUUUUCUUUUUACCUUCAAUUGAUAUUCUGAAAAAUUGAAACACGACGUGGUUUAACUAAAGUUUAACUCAAAAACUCAGUUAAUUACAAAUAGCACAAUUCCUAAGAAAUAUCACUUAUACAUAGAAUUGCCAAUACUAAUCUCAAAGCCCACCCCUGCUGGAUCAUAUAAUGAGAAUGAACUGCUCUCGAAAAGAGCUAACGACGGUCGAAUCUUGGAGAGAACUACCUUGAAGAACUUGGCGUGACGAUAUCGAUAAAGCAAUGACAGCCAAGAACCUAGAAGAGGCAACAAUGUAUGACAGGAAAGCAUGUAAACCACAACGAAAAAAUAGAAAAUUUUAAAUUAAUGCCCCACGUUGUGCUCCUUAUAUAAUAUCUAUAAUUUCCUGAUAUCUUGCGAAAAAGAAGAGAUAUAGAUCAUGUUGAAAGAACAGUAGAAUUACGCUGUAAACAGGCGACCAAAAGAUGUUCAGGCGAGUUUGACUAUUGGCUGAGAAAAAAAUGUAUCGAAGAAGUACCUGAUUUAGGGAUAUAGUGAUAGUUUUCCAUUAUUUACUCUAGGUGGUUGUCACUAUAACAGUGCCAUCAACAGAUAUAAGUGCUUAAUUUCUUUUUAUCUUCAAUUGGUAUUCUGAAAAAUUGAAACACGACGUGGUUUAACUAAAGUUUAACUCAAAACUCAGUUAAUUACAAAUAGCACAAUUACUAAGAAAUAUCACUUAUACAUAUAAUUGCCAAUACUAAUCUCAAAGUCCACCUCUGCUGGCUUAUAUAAUGAGAAUGAACCUCUCUCGAAAAGAGUUAACGACGGUCGAAUCCUCGGGAAAAUCAUAAAUUCUCGAAGGUCCUCUUUUUAUCGGAGUUCAUAUAACGGAAAGGCUUCUGGACUCUAACGCACGGAUCCGCAAUCAGGGGUAUGUGACCCACAACAAUAAUAUGAAACAUCGACAAUCGAAAACCAACCCUACGCAAAAGACAAAUCUAAUAAAAAUAAUUGAUACUCUGGGAACUGAUAAUCUAAAGGUCCCUCUAAACGAGCAAUACUUUUUUACUGCAGUAUAUGGCUGCAAUAUAGUAGUUUUUUUUUCUUUUGGGAGGUGGGAAUCUUCGCAAGACCGUCUGGGAAGGUGUCCCAGGUGUGUCGGAUUCAGUCCGUCCUACUUCAUCGUGACGGGCCGCCUACCGACUAAACCCACCCCCUCUUUCUCCAACCGACGAGUCUGGAACCGCUCUUAGCGAGCAUGUCUGACCCGUCGACCUUACUCCUAACUCCCCUCUGGCACUCUUCGCGUGCAUUCCAUGGAUUGGGUGGCCCCCCGCUCCCCCCUCCCACACAAGCCUUGCGCCAGACCGGCCGGUGAAGCGACCGUUCACGCGCAACCCAUGUGCGGGCUGGGCGGCCAGUGUGCCCCCCAUCUACGAUGGAACUAGCAAAAUAGAACCAGUUGGCAAUUACGAGUAACACCAAUCAUUCAUCGAUUCACACUCGCACUCAUACCCAUUUACUCCAGGUUAAAAAGGGAGGCAGUCAGCGAGGUUGGAUGUAAAAUGUUCUCCCCCACUAGCUGCCCCAGGACAGAACAAACAAAGAAAUAACAAAUAAACAGAAAAUAGACAGAACGAAAACAAUACCCAAGACAGUCGGCAUGGACCAGAUGUAGAGAGUCUUCCCCAUACUGGCUAUCUUUUACGACGUACACCAAAUAAAUAAAUGAAUACAAUUUGUUAAAAAAGAAGCGAUAAAAAAUUGUAGAAAUAAUAUUGAUUAAAUUAAUAAAUAAUUAAAAUAAAUAAAUAAAUAAAGAACAAUAAAAUUAAUCAAAAAAUAAGUAAAACCAGAUAAAAAAAAUUUAUAGGCAGACAGCGAAGUUUGGAUGUAAAGUGUCCUCCCUCAGCUGGCUGCCUUCUACGACACAGGACACCGUUAUAAAAUAAGUAAACGCUCAUCCCGCCUGCAGUCGCCUCUCUUUUUCUUCUUUAUGCUUUAUGGUCUUUGUGACAAAAGCAAUGAUCAGGUCGAAGUCUCACUUGCUGUCUAUAGCUUUAUCGAUUAGCUCGCCAGGCUCACCUAGAGGGGAUCCCAGGCCCAGCCGCAGCUCGGCAAUAUAGUAGCUGGCAAUAUUGCAAACAAUAACCGCCAGAAUAUGUAAAGGUGCAUACUGAAUUGAUCAUUUUUCUCCGAACGAACAGAGCGCCCUGUAACAAAUUGCUCUAGUUAGUGCGUGUUCGCGAGCAAAAUUCUGCCGAACCGAAUGAGCUGAUCAUUUUCGGAGGAGUGUCGGUAACCGUUGAAAAAUCAAAAGCGAGCAUUUGUUUCUUGACGCUCAGUGUGUACGGGCGUACUCCAGAUUCUCUACUCGGACGAAUACUGAAAUAAAUGAGCAGAACAUGGGAAUGCAGCAAAUAGAACAAGCACUUGGAAUAACUUGAGCAUUUACUUAUUUUUGCGCGCUCGGUUCGUUUGGUUCGUUCGGAAGAAAGUGGUCUAGUCAGUACGCACCUUAAUAUUUACACAUUUUUAGUAUCGCUCGUAUCGUUUUACAAUAAUUGCCGGACGAUCGCUUGACGAGCGAAAAUACUUGCAAUUUUGUUUUGGUGAUUGCUGUUUUGAAAAAUUCUGGAGGAUUAAAAUGACUAGUAGUUGGUCGAUGGGAGGAUUAUGGAUUUUAUUAACGAAAAACAUACGACCUGGGUUGUGCAAUGUGGAUGUCGUAAUAUAUAAAGAUCGAAAUCCAUAAUAAACGGCUGUUGUCCUCGAAAAAUUUGAGAUUUCAAGUAAUGGAACUUAAGAAAAAUUCAAAUUUGAGUACGUAAGCUAAAAAUGAGCAAAAAAAAAAUUAAAAGUGGUAGUGUCAGUGGUAAAGCAGUAAAGUGGUUUCCUUUCGAUGCAAUAUUUUUUAUUUGACACUCCUGAAAAGCCUUUAAAAGUGAUUAUCAAGGCUUAUGUUAUCUAAAGUUUCACGCAUGUUUGAGUAAGGUCGAAUCCAUAAUCUUUUUGUUGUUUUUCUUUUCCUUUUUUUUUUCUUGAAAUUUCCUUUUAAGACAACAUAAACCGCUGCCAUUAUCCAUUGUUGCCCUGCAUUUGCCAUUUGCUGCAUUUAAUGUUGUCAUAAAUGGCGGGGCCAUUGUUCUCGGUGUUGGAGCCACAUAUUGUAGUAAAAACAUUGCUCGUUUAAAAGCAACUUAACAUACCUCGAAAUCAAUGUGAUUGUAAGAAUUGCGCUGUGUGCAGUUCUUUGAAGUCACAUUAAAUAAACAAAAUUAUAACGAUAUACAGGGUAACCUAAAGUGUCUAUAACAUUAUACGAAAGAUUAGUGAAAAAAUUAUGUUGGGCGGUAAAAAUGAAACCAGACAUUACAUGUUUCCCAAAGAAAACUUACAUAAUUCAACAACUAUUUACAUUUGAUUGAUCACAUCUGUGGAAUGUCAUCCUUUUUCCAAUCACCCGUUCAAUGAACCAAGCUUUGCUAAUUUUUUAUUAGCAUGCAAGUGUAUAGAUUCAAUUUGCCUAAAAACAGCACUAACAUAUUUGUAUUGGACAUUCUACUCACACCUAAAUGUAGGUAAUUCACGUUGAGGUUGAAAAAACUACACCACCUUUACAAGUAAUCUCAUAUCAAGUUUAAAAUUUAGAAACACUUGGUAGAUACAUACUUAAGAACCUAUUACGAGACUAUAAUUAAGGAUUUGUUUUCAAACAUGUAUAGAGAAAGGCUUAAAAGACAUUUUAACUAUUGCUGCAUAAGUGAAUUUACUUAGGUUGUAUAAUUCCAAUUUUCUAAAGAAUAAGAGAUGCUUUAUAUUGAGAAUAUAACCGUAUUAUGUAUUAUGAUACAGAGAUACAUUUCUAUGUUGAUUAUUUUAAAGAAUUUUAAUCCAAGUUCUGGUAAGGGCUUUAGGUAGUUCGUAAUUGUGGACAGUAGUAGCCAAUUGUAAUUUUACACUAAUGUAUAAAUAUCUACUUUUCAAUCGGUACAAAUUAGCCUGCAAAACAUAAUCCAGGUAUUUAUUUUUUAAAAUUAAUUGUUUUUUUAGUGGUUUCUGAGCAAAAUAGCAGAUGAGGUAUGAUUCGUGAACUAUCUCAUUUGUGCUCUUGUAUAUUACUGAAGUUUCACGAAAAAUUUUAUCGCCAAAUAAAGUAAAAUUUAGUAUU